AUGGCAAUGAGGUCGAGGGGGCUGCAGCUGCGGUCGCGGCGGGAGAGCUUGCUCGUCGUCGUCGUCGGCGUGCUGCUGCUGCUGGCGACGGCGGCGCCGCGCGUCGCGGCGGCGGGGCUGAGCCGGAACUACUACGCCAAGACGUGCCCCAACGUGGAGGCGCUGGUCCGCGGCGCCGUGACCCAGAAGCUGCAGGAGACCUUCAACGCCGCGCCCGGCACCCUCCGCCUCUUCUUCCACGACUGCUUCGUCAGGGGGUGCGACGCCUCGGUGCUCAUCUCCGGGCCGGGCGACGAGCACAGCGCGGGCGCGGACACGACGCUGUCGCCGGACGCGCUGGACCUCAUCACGCGCGCCAAGGCCGCCGUGGACGCCGACGCCGGCUGCUCCAACAAGGUCUCCUGCGCCGACAUCCUCGCGCUCGCCACCCGCGACGUCGUCCAGCAGGCGGGAGGGCCGUCGUACCCGGUGGAGCUGGGGCGGCUGGACGGCAAGGUGGGCACGCGCGCCGUCGUGAAGCACAGCCUCCCCGGCGCCGGCUUCUCCCUGGACCAGCUCAACAAGCUCUUCGCCGCCAACGGCCUCACCCAGACCGACAUGAUCGCCCUCUCAGGGGGGGCACACGAUCGGGGUGACGCACUGCGACAAGUUCGUGCGGCGGCUGUACACCUUCAAGGGGGCGCGGCCGCAGUACAGCCCGCCGAUGAACCUGGCGUUCCUGCGGCAGAUGCGGGGGACGUGCCCGCUCAACUACAGCCCGGCCACGGUGGCCAUGCUGGACGCCGUCACGCCCAACAGGUUCGACAACGGCUACUACCAGACGCUGCAGCAGCAGAAGGGCCUGCUGUCGUCGGACCAGGUGCUCUUCGCCGACCGCCGCUCCCGGGCCACCGUCAACCACUUCGCGUCCAACCAGACCGCCUUCUUCGACGCCUUCGUCGCCGCUAUGGCCAAGCUCGGCCGCAUCGGGGUCAAGACCGCCGGCUCCGACGCCGAGAUCCGCCGGGUCUGCACCAAGGUCAACUAACGUGGUUGCUUAGCUCUAAGCUGCCGUGGUAG